AUGGAGAACUGCAGCGAGGAGCCGCGGGACGCCGUGACGGAGGAGCCGGCGCACGGUAAACUCAAAGCGAUCGGCGCAGCGAUGGAGGAGGCGGCGAGCGGAGGAGAGAAGCUACAGAACGGAGACGGAGGAGGAGGAGGAGGAGGAGGAGGAGGGAUGGCGGACGGAGGCGGAGACCUGUCCUCCAUCAACGCCAUGAUGUCGGCCGUGAUGUCAGCAGCCGGGACCAUCAACGGCGGGGGGGACGGCGAAGGAGAGAGCGGAGUCACGUCGGCCAACUCCUCCGCCGGGCCGUCGCCGAGGUGACCGCAGCCUUC